CCUUUCCAGCUGAGUCUAUCAGUGGAGCACCUGCUAUAAGGCCAAAAGUAGAGGCAAUAGAACAGAUACACAAACAUCAAAUUUUGCGCAACCGAUACUGUCUGUGGAGAAGAGACCACAAGCUGUCCCAUUCACAAUGCUGCCCGUCAAUCCACAAGGUCAUCCCGGUGACCUAGAUGACUACGAUCUGAAGGACACCAAUCCCCAGUUGGGCGAGCAAUGGCCCAAUGGUAUGGGAUAUGGAGGAAGAGGAUGGAUGAGUGGUGAAAGAUUCACAAGCACUUACGACCUUGUCGAGCAGAUGUUCUAUCUUUAUGUUCGUGUUGUGAAAGCGAAAGACCUUCCUCUCAGCUCCAUUACUGGGAGCUGUGACCCUUAUGUUGAAGUAAAGCUUGGCAACUACAAAGGACGGACAAGGCAUUUUGAGAAGAAGAUGAAUCCUGAAUGGAACCAGGUCUUUGCUUUCUCCAAAGAUCGUAUUCAGGCAUCAAUGCUUGAAGUUUUUGUCAAGGACAAAGAAAUGAUAGGUAGAGAUGAUUAUCUAGGAAGAAUUGUUUUCGAUUUGAAUGAAGUUCCCACUAGAGUUCCACCUGACAGCCCCCUGGCUCCUCAGUGGUAUAGACUAGAGGAGCGGCGCAGUACAGGAAAAGUAAGGGGACAGAUCAUGGUUGCAGUUUGGAUGGGAACUCAAGCCGAUGAAGCCUUCUCAGAGGCUAGGCAUUCUGAUGCUUCCUCAGUCUAUGGAGAGGGGGUUUUCAACAUUCGAUCAAAGGUUUAUGUAUCUCCAAAGCUGUGGUACCUUAGGGUGAAUGUAAUUGAAGCCCAGGAUGUGGUGCCUGAUGACAGAAACCGCCUCCCAGAAGUUUUUGUCAACGUUCAGGUUGGAAGCCAAGUUCUUAAAACCAAGACAUGCUCAAGCCCAACUACUAAUCCACUCUGGAAUGAAGAUUUAGUUUUUGUAGUAGCUGAGCCAUUUGAGGAGCAGCUACUCAUUACAGUUGAGGAUCGAGUUCAUCAGUCAAGAGAUAUUAUGUUGGGGAAGACAAUCCUACCGCUCAACAUAUUUGAGAAACGGCUAGACCACAGGCCAGUUCAUUCUCGUUGGUUUAAUCUUGAAAAAUAUGGAUUUGGAGUCCUGGAAGCAGACAGGAGGAAAGAGCACAAGUUUUCAAGCAGAGUUCACCUUCGAGUUUGUCUUGAAGGUGGAUAUCAUGUGUUGGAUGAAUCAACAUUGUACAUUAGUGAUCAGAGGCCAACAGCAAAGCAGCUCUGGAAACAGCCUGUUGGGAUAUUAGAAGUGGGCAUUCUAGGUGCUCAAGGACUCCUGCCGAUGAAGAUGAGGGAUGGAAAAGGAAGUACAGAUGCUUACUGUGUUGCUAAGUAUGGCCAGAAAUGGGUUCGAACCAGAACACUUCUGGACACAUUCAACCCCAGGUGGAAUGAGCAAUACACAUGGGAAGUUUAUGAUCCCUGCACAGUGAUCACACUUGGAGUUUUCGACAAUUGUCACUUGGGUGGAGAUGAGAAACAACAUGUUGGCACUGCAGCUAGAGAUUCACGGAUAGGAAAGGUACGAAUAAGGCUAUCAACCCUUGAAGCUCAUCGAAUUUAUACACAUUCAUAUCCACUGCUUGUUCUUCAUCCACAUGGGGUGAAGAAGAUGGGCGAGCUUCAACUAGCAGUUAGAUUUACCACUCUUUCUUUAGCUAACAUGAUAUAUGUUUAUGGCCACCCCUUGCUGCCCAAAAUGCAUUACAUUCAUCCUUUCACUGUGAAUCAAGUAGAUAAUUUAAGGUACCAAGCCAUGAAUAUUGUAGCAGUGAGGCUAGGCCGGGCUGAACCACCUCUACGAAAAGAGGUGGUGGAGUACAUGCUAGAUGUCGACUCCCAUAUGUGGAGUAUGAGAAGAAGCAAAGCAAACUUCUUUCGCAUUAUGUCUCUUCUUUCAGGUAUGAUAUCCGUGAGCAGAUGGUUUGGUGAUGUAUGCAAGUGGAGAAAUCCUGUCACAUCAGUUCUAGUUCACAUUCUGUUCCUAAUACUAAUUUGGUAUCCGGAGUUGAUCCUCCCAACUGUGUUUCUGUACAUGUUCCUCAUUGGACUAUGGAACUAUAGGUUUCGUCCAAGGCACCCACCUCAUAUGGAUACGAAACUUUCGUGGGCAGAAGCAGUGCAUCCAGAUGAGCUAGACGAAGAAUUUGAUACUUUCCCUACUUCUAAAUCUCAAGAUUUAGUUAGGAUGAGGUAUGAUCGGCUUAGAAGUGUUGCAGGGAGGAUUCAGACAGUGGUAGGUGAUAUAGCAACGCAAGGUGAAAGGUAUCAGUCCCUGCUCAGCUGGAGAGACCCCAGAGCUACAGCACUUUUCAUAGUGUUCAGUCUUUGCGCAGCUGUGGUGCUCUAUACAACACCAUUUAAAGUGGUGGCUCUGCUUGGCGGUCUGUAUUAUCUGCGGCACCCCAGGUUCCGCAGCAAGCUGCCUUCUGUGCCCAGCAACUUCUUCAGGAGAUUGCCACCUCGAACAGAUAGCUUACUGUGACACUUAAAACACAAAUAACUCAAUUGCUAUAUUUCACUAGUUUGGGAUUACACUGUACCUUAAACUGUUUCUUAUGCUUUUUUUUAUUUUCUUGCGAGUUCAAUAAGUGUUGCAUAAACAUAUUACUAGUAACAGCUGAUGUAAAAUACGUCCGGAUAUUUGUUUGCAUGAAAGCCGUGUGUAAUAGUCAUUCUGGGCACCGUUACAGUGACUUUUCUUGUUUUACUUUGUUAUUGCAUCCGGAUCAACGAUCAGGCUAUUACUCGGAGACUUUAGCAAGCUGUUGGAACUUAAUCAAGUACACUGCGGAAUUCCAAUACUCA